UACCCUGUUCUCUGGCUGCACCCGUUCUUUUCCUAGGCAGGUCUUCUCUAAGCCUCCAGCCAUGGCUUCUGCUGGCCUCCAGAUCCUGGGCAUCAUCCUUUCAGUACUGGGCUGGAUAUCAGGCCUAGUGUCCUGUGCCAUGCCCAUGUGGAAAGUCACGGCCUUCAUUGGCAAUAACAUCGUAGUGGCCCAGGUGGUGUGGGAAGGCCUCUGGAUGGCUUGUGUGGUCCAGAGCACUGGCCAGAUGCAAUGCAAGGUUCAUGAUUCCAUGCUGGCUCUGCCUCACGAUGUCCAAGCCUCCAGAGCCCUCAUGGUUGUUGCUCUGCUUCUGGCCCUGGUCGGCCUGCUGGUCUACCUGGCUGGGGCCAAGUGUACCACUUGUAUAGAAGAUGAGGAACCAAAAGCCCGGCUAGCACUGACUUCAGGGGUCAUUUUCCUCAUCUCAGCCAUCCUAGUCCUGAUCCCUGUGAGCUGGACUGCCCAUGUGAUCAUCAAGAAUUUCUACAACCCCCUGGUUGCUGAUGCUCAGAAAAGGGAGUUGGGGCAUAGCCUCUACUUUGGCUGGGCAUCUGCAAGCCUUUUUAUACUAGGUGGGUCCUUACUGUGCUGUACUUGCCCCUCCAGCAGCUCAAGGGGCACCAGCCAUUAUGUGGCCCGAUACUCUGCUUCUGCCCCUCCCCCAGGGGGCUCCCGAGGUCCUUCUGAAUACCCGACCAAGAAUUAUGUGUGAAUCCGGAAAGGGGGGAGGGAGGUAACAAAUGACUCCCUAAGGUAAGGGAGGUCCUC